ACUACUCCAACCACAAUUACUGCUCCAGCAACAACCACCACUGCUGCCCCAACAACCACCAUUGGGCCAACUUCAACAAGCAGUGUUCCAACUACAGCUACUGCUUCAUCAACAACCACCACUGCUGCCCCAACAACCACCACUGGCCCAACUUCAACAACCAGUGUUCCAACUACAACUACUGCUUCAUCAACAACCACCACUGCUGCCCCAACAACCACCACUGGCACAACUUCAACAACCACUGUUCCAACUACAGCUACUGCUUCAUCAACAACCACCACUGCUGCCCCAACAACCACCACUGACCAGAGUUCCACAACCAGAGUUCCAACUACAACUACUGCUUCAUCAACAACCACCACUGCUUCCCCAACAACCACCACUGGCCCAACUUCAACAACCAUGGUUCCAACUACAGCUACUGCUUCAUCAACAACCACCACUGCUGCCCUAGAAACCACCACUGGCCCAACUUCAACAACCACCACUGGCCCAACUACAACUACCACCACUGGCCCAACUUCAAGCUCCAGUGUUCAAACUACAACUACUGCUUCAUCAACAACCACCACUGCUGCCCCAAAAACCACCACUGGCCCAACAUCAACAACCAGUGUUCCAACUACAACUACAGCUUCAUCAACAACCACCACUGCUGGCUCAACAACCACCAUUGGGCCAACUUCAACAAGCAGUGUUCCAACUACAACUACUGCUUCAUCAACAACCACCACUGCUGCCCCAACAACCACCACUGGCCCAACUACAACAACUUUUAUCCCAUCAACAACUGGAGCCCAAUCAACAACAACUACCACUACUGCCCCAACAACCACCAUUGGCCUAACUUCAACAACCACUGCUCAAACUUCAGCUACUGCAACCACCACUCCAACCACAACCACAACUACUGCUGGCCCAACUACAACAACUCCUGUUAAAACUACAACACCAACUAUCCCUACAACAACUGCUACCCCAACAACCACCACUGGCCCAACUACAACAACUUUUAUCCCAUCAACAACUGGAGCCCAAUCAACAACAACUUCUGCUCCAUCAACUGCCAGCUCUUCAACCGCGAGCACCACUCAAACUACAACUGCUGCAGCAACCACGACUGCUGUAUUGAAAACAACUGCUGACUUGACAACAACCACCAUUGGCCCAACUUCAACAACCAGUGUUCAAACUACAACUACUGCUUCAUCAACAACCACCACUGCUCCCCCAACAACCACCACUGGCCCAACUUCAACAACCAUUGUUCCAACUACAGCUACUGCUUCAUCAACAACCACCACUGCUGCCCCAACAACCACCAUUGGGCCAACUUCAACAGGCAGUGUUCCGACUACAAGUACUGCUUCAUCAACAACCACCACUGCUGCCCCAACAACCACCACUGGCCCAACUUCAACAACCACUGUUCCAACUACAGCUACUGCUUCAUCAACAACCACCACUGCUGCCCCAACAACCACCACUGACCAGAGUUCCACAACCAGAAUUCCAACUACAACUACUGCUUCAUCAACAACCACCACUGCUGCCCCAACAACCACCACUGGCCCAACUUCAACAACCAGUGUUCCAACUACAACUACUGCUUCAUUAACAACCACCACUACCACAACUGCUGCCCCAACAACCACCACUGGCCCAACUUCAACCACCACUGUUCCAACUACAGCUACUGCUUCAGCAACAACCACCACUGCUGCUCCGACAACCACCAUUGGGCCAACUUCAACAAGCAGUGUUCCAACUACAGCUACUGCUUCAUCAACAACCACCACUGCUGCCCCAACAACCACCACUGACCCAAGUUCCACAACCAGAGUUCCAACUACAACUACUGCUUCAUCAACAACCACCACUGCUGCCCCAACAACAACCACUGGCCCAACUUCAACAACCACUGUUCAAUCUACAGCUACUGCUUCAUCAACAACCACCACUGCUGCCCCAAAAACCACCACUGUCCUAACUUCAACAACCACCACUCCAACCACAACUACUGCUUCAGCAACCACCGCCACUGCUGCCCCAACAACCACCACUGGCCCAACUACAACAACUCCUGUCCAAAUUACAAGACCAAGUAUCCCUACAACAACUGCUACCCCAACAACCACCACUGGCGCAACUACAACAACUUUUAUCCCAUCAACAACUGGAGCCCAAUCAACAACAACUUCUGCUCCAUCAACAACUGCCAGC